AUGCAUAGAAGUCGUACAGCAGACGCUCUGCUCGAACAAAUAGCUAUCGAGAGGGAGCUAGAUGCGGUCAUCAUCAGCGAGCAGUAUGGACGGAUAGCCAAGGGAACCUUGUUCGAAGAUGAAAUAGCAACCGCCGCACUCUGGGUACCAAGCGGUAGCACAGUCGCCGUCACACAGCACCAAGCCGGCAGUACUGAACAGUUUAGCACGAAACUGGAUCUAAUUGAGGAUACGGUUCGCGAAAUAGGUGACCCCUUCAUCGUAGCCGGAGACUUCAACGCCAAGGCUGUCGAGUGGGGUGCCCCUACUACGAACACACGGGGAAGACAUGUACUAGACAUGGCUGCCAGACUGGGGCUUGUAGUGGCAAACACAGGAGACGCCACUACUUUUAGGAGACCAGGAUGUGAACACACCACGCCGGAUAUCACCCUAGAGACUGAUAGUCUGGCUGGGGUAAUCAACGGGUGGGAAGUUCUGGAAGAAUAUAAUGGAAGUGACCAUCAGUAUAUCACAUUCCGGAUCAGUGCGAGAACUGACAAUACCCCAACACCUAUAACAAAGAGCGCUCGCAAAUGGAACAUGGCCAAAGUGAACACUGAAGCGUUUCUAGCCCACUUUGAUGCAAAUUUCAUGCCGCACAUAAGGGGUGACGCUGGCUCGUUUGCAAGCGACAUGAUGCAGCGCAUUGCCAAAAGCUGUGACGAAUCGGCACCCCGCGCGGGGUUACGCUCAAGAAGGCGACCUGUGUACUGGUGGACGUCAGAAAUCGCAGAGCUCAGAAGAACCUGCUUCUGUAAUAGACGAAGGUAUAUCAGAGCCAGACGAAACAGAGAAGCAGAGGCGGAAGCUGCUGAUUUUAGACAAUUCCGAAAAGCGCUGAAGCAAGCAAUCAUCGCCAGUAAGAAGGCAAAAUGGAAAGAACUUCGAAGGGAUCUAAAUAGCAACCCGUAG